AUGUUGUCUCAAGCACAAGGUGUGUUAGACGUCCUCGGCAACGUCCACCUUUCGCCGGCUAUUGGUUUUCUUCUCGCCGGCGCUGCUGUGCUUCUCUAUGGACUUUAUCUUAGACUUCUACCCAAGCCUAUUCCCGGGAUUCCGUAUAAUCCCGAGGCUACACGCUCCCUUUUUGGCGAUGCGCCUAGCAUGUUAAAGGAGACGGUGAAGACGGGCGAGUUUAUGGCAUGGAUGCGAAAACAGUCAGAAAACAUGAACGCGCCGCUCUGCCAGAUAUUUCUGCGACCGUUAUCUAACCCUACGCUCGUUCUCGCAGACUGGAGAGAGGCGCAGGAUGUUCUGAUGAAGCGGAAGGACUUUGAUCGAUCAAGCUUCACAAGAGACUUGAUGGCCCCGAUCGAGAAGCAUCAUAUUCGCAUGAGUACCGGUAGCGAGUGGAAAGACGCUCGCAAGCUUACUCAAGACUUGAUGAUUCCCGCGUUUCUGCACAAAGUCGCCGCCCCUGCUAUCUACUCCAAGGUCCUAGAUUUCUUACACCUUUGGGAGCUCAAAGAGAACCUCUCGGAGGGCAGCCCUUUUCACGCGCAGACGGAUAUCUACCACACUAUCCUCGACUCCGUCUGCGCGUUUUCGUUCGGAGCCAGCUUUGAAUACGCAGCUGUGCGCCCGCAGUCGGAUCUUCUUGAGAGUCUAACGCCCGAGCAGAAGUCGGCUCUAAAGGGAGAUAUCGACGAUCCCGUUCGAUUCCCCGAGGCUGCCCUUCACGAGAAUCUCGAGGUUAGCUUGACUGCGGGACACGUCCUUGAAAAGCUGAUGAACUCUGCUGCUCCUAAGUUUACGCUGUGGUGGGAGAAUAUGCGGCCUUCUUUCAGGAAGACCCUCGCUGCUAAAGAUCGCUUCGUUAUGGGUCAAAUUGAUAAAUCUGUAAAGAAGAUGAAUGCGAACGGCACCGCGGACGAUUCCUGGGUCCGCUCGGCUGUUGACCAUAUGAUUCUGCGCGAGACGGUUCUUGCCGAAAAGAGCGGCCGAGAACCUCAGUUCUUCAGUCCCAGCAUGAGCGACGAGAUUAUUUUCAACGUCGUCGGAGGUCACGAGACCACUGCUAAUACUUUGGUAUGGGGUUUGAAGUUCCUAACAGACAAUCCCGCGGCACAGUCACGCCUUCGCUCCGCACUCCACGCCGCCCACUCUGCGGCGCUGGCGGAGAAGCGUCUUCCCACCCUAGACGAGAUCACCCACACUACCAUACCUUAUUUGGACGCCACUAUGGACGAGAUGUUGCGUCUUAGUGCCAUGCCCAUAACCAGGGAAGCAACCUGCGACACUGAACUCCUAGGACACCGCAUACCCAAAGGAACCGUUGUUCUUCUCCUAUCUAACGGGCCAAGCUUCCUCUCCCCCUCAUUUGAGAUACCCGAAAGCAAGCGCAGCAAGACCUCCCAGGCGACUCGGGUACGGCAGUGGAACGAAGCAGAAGACAUGCGCGCGUACCGUCCCGAGCGCUGGCUGGCGAGGGGCGAAGACGGCGAGGUGAGGUUCGACGCCACCGCCGGGCCGCAGCUAGCUUUCGGCCUUGGCCAGCGAGGGUGUUCCGGCCGUAGGCUUGCCUACACAAAGAUGAGAAUCGUCCUUACUCUGAUGUUGUGGGAAUUCGAACUCCUCGCUGUUCCCCCUUCGUUGUCGAGCUAUGCUGCUAAGGAUGGACUUGCGCACACACCGCGACAAUGCUUUAUCCGCUUGGGAAAAGUGAAGUAUUAG